AUGUCUCUCCACAUCGCCAGCCUCAUCCCUGCCACUGCAGCCUCAUCGCUAUUACCCUCCGCCGCGGCUUGCCAAACGCUGAUCCUGACCCUUCUCAUCGCCAUCGCCGCCCUCUUCGCCCUCCGAGAAUGGCUGCUCCCGCGGGCCCUGCCCGGCAUCCCACACAAUGCCGUCGCCACGCGGUCCCUCCUCGGCGACGUCAUGGCUAUCCAGCGCGAGAUGCCCGACAACAUCAGCGAGUGGGUGGUCCGCCAAGGCGCGCGCCACGCCAGCCCCGUCUACCAGGUCUUCCUCGUGCCCUUUGGCCGCCCCUUCGUCGUCGUCUCCGACUUCCGCGAAGCCCAGGACAUCCUUGUCCGCCGCGCCCACGAGUUUGACCGCUCCGACCUCGCCAUCGCCCUGCUGCGCGGCGAGAUGCCCAGCUUCCACGCCUGCCUCAAGACCGGCCCCCUCUGGUCCGCUCGCCGCCGCCUCCUCCAAGACCUCAUGUCCCCGGCCUUUUUGCACGGCGUCGCCGCUCCCAACAUGUACGCCGGCGCCUGCCGCCUGCUCGAGCUCUGGCGCGUCAAGCGCCGCAUAGCCGGCACCGGACGGCCCUUUGCCGCUGCGCUGGAUUUGAGCUACGCGACCCUCGACGCCCUCUACGAGUUUGGCUACGGUGACGGCACCGACGAGCGCGCCCUGGCAGAACAGCUCAAGCUGCUCGGCAGCCUCAGCGAGGAGGCGCAAAAUGCCAUCCGUGGCAGCGCAGCCCCGACGGAGCCCGUCGAUUUUCCGCGUGCGCCGCUCGCCCCGGCCAUGGACGCCAUGCUCCGAACAAUGGAGAACAUUCCCACCGUCGCCGUCACGGGCUUUCCGGACAUUGUCUGGCGGGUGCUGGCCUGGUUCCCGCGCGUGCGGCGGCUGCGCGCGCUCAAGGAUCAGUUCAUCAGGGAUCAGGUCGAUAAGGCAGUCGAUCGGCUGAGCAAGGCUGGUGAAGAAGGAGAAGACGACGACAUGGGCGGCUACUCCAAGCUCAAGUGCGCCCUGGAUCUGAUCCUCCUCCGCGAGCGGGCACUGGCUAAGAAGGAAAAUCGCACGCCCGUCUACUGGUCAAAAACGCUCAAAGACGAAAUGUUUGGCUUCGUCACCGGCGGCCAUGAGACGUCCGCCAACGUCCUGGCCUGGGGCGUCAAGUUCCUGGCCGACCACCCGGCGCACCAGUCCGCGCUGCGCGCGCGCCUCCGCGCCGCGCACCCCGCCGCUGUCGCCGAGGGGCGCUUCCCGACGCACGCCGAGAUCACCACCCGCCACGUGCCGUUCUUGCUCGCCUGCACCGAGGAGAUCCUGCGCUGCGCGCACGCGACCUCCAUGACAGACCGGCAGGCCACCGCCGAUACCGUCGUCCUCGGGCACCCCAUCCCGCGCGGCACCACCGUCGUCCUCGUCAACAAGGGACCUGGCUACACGGAGCCGAACCUGCCCAUCGACGAGUCGCGGCGCAGCGCAAGCGCCCAGAAAGCACUGGCCGAGCGGCCGGAUGCGGGCUGCUACCGGAUGCGCAGCGACGAGCGCGACAUGGGCGAGUUCAACCCCCGUCGGUGGCUGGUUCCCGGACCAGAGGACGGAGACGGGGAGGAGUUCGACGCUGCGGCGUAUCCGACCAUCCCGUUCGGUCUCGGCCCCCGCGGCUGCUUCGGCCGCAGGAUGGUGUACGUCCAGUUCCGGCAGCUGCUUACGCUGCUGGUGUGGCAGUUUGAGCUCCUGCCGUGCCCCAAGGCGCUCUCGGGCUAUGACGCCGUGCAGGUCCUGACCAACAAGCCGCGGCGGUGCUACGUCGCGCUGAAAGAGCUGUGA